CCUUGAGACCCUCUUUGAAUAGUCUUUUCGAAAUGAUGACUCUGACUUCGACGAAGAAAGAGACUAGUUCAACUUUAACCUGGAAUACCUAUUCUUUUCCCAAGAGUGUCAGUUAAUAUCAAGGUUGUUAUCGCAAGCCUUCUCAACGUUGCCGUUUUAGGGACACUUGAUUGUCCUUUCCUUUUCCUCAACAAAUCAUGGCUGGUGAGUUCGAAUCGACCACUGAUAGCAACUCACUGCAUCAUUUGUCCCUCCCGCCCACACACAACCAACCAACCAAAAACGCUGAAAUACUGAGACACCCGACGGAUUGCGACACGACAGCAUCUCGUCCCUCGCGGUAUCUCCCUCGUGGGAACACGUUGUUAAUUUGCUGUAACCAGAACACCCGUACUUGCAUGAUCCGUCGUCAAACUCGACGUCGCCCAGGAUCACAGCUACUCAAAUGCCAGAACUCGACUCGGACAAUGAAGAGUACAGGAUCCGUGACCAGGGUGACACAGGGUCCGAGGGCGAGCUAGACGGGCAUGAUUCCCACGGAUCUGACGAGGGUCACAUCGAGGCCGGCUCGGGUCGGGAUGACGGCCGCGGGCGGCACCAACUCGAGAUGGAGGACGGCAUGCUUCCCCGAGACAUGCCUCCAAAAACCGCCUUCUAUGACAUGGUUACGGAGCGGCAAAUGACUCAGACCGACGCCAAGUUGUUCUACCAGCGAAGCCAGGCUGAGAGCCGUACCCAGCUCAAUCAACUCUCGCAGAUGUCGCCUCAGGGCAGCCCGCUUCUCGCGGCCGGCGGGCUUGCCUCCCCGUCUCCUGACCUCUCUUCAAACCUUGGACGCAGUUUCAGCAACUUGAAACUGUCAGACAUCGGCUCUGCUCCCACCCCGGAGUCCGUGCCCGAUCACUCUCUGAGGAAGGAAACCGGGUUCAUUGGAGCAGCCAACGCCGCCAGCCUCGGCAGCCAUGCCCAACUGAACAGCGCCGGCCCGGUCGCUGGGACUCCAAUAGAUGCGGCCCUUCAUCAGCAGAUGCUCCUGGGUGGCGGAGUUCCAGGUCUCGGUAACAGCAGCUACCUGGAUGCCGACCCCCAGAUCAACGCUGAGCUGAGCACCAUCUUCAAGGACAUCAAGAAGAUUCUGGAUCUCCGGAACAAGUACAUCCGGCUCUCUCUCCAGGGACCCUUCGAUAAUCCGAAGGACGAUCCGAGCUGGAACAUCUACCCACCUCCUCCAGAGCCGGCAUGGACUGAGGAUCGGGAGAAGGCUGCCCGGGGGGGAAACAGCGCCAGUAACAGCAUGCAGAACAGUCUUGUGUUGAACGUUGAUAAGCAGCGUCCCGACGAGCAGGCGUCUGAUCAAGGGGGUGGUGCAGCACGCAAGUCUAAAGCCAAGAAACGCAAGCCGGGUCAGGACAUCGGCGAGGACUUCGACUUGGAGGAUUUGCUGCCCGUGCCGGGACCUUGUGAGAUGACUUUCCGGAUGGAUGAUAUGGGAGUGUAUCAGGUCUACGAGAACCAGCAGUCGGAAGAGGCAGACACGCCGUUUGUCAAGGUGCCGACCAUCAAGGAGUACUAUCUAGAUUUGGAAGACGUCCUGAACAUCUCGUCCGAUGGCCCCAGCAAGAGCUUUGCGUUCCGUCGCCUGCAGUACCUGGAAGGCAAGUUCAACCUGUACAUCCUCCUCAACGAGUAUCAGGAAACGGCCGACAGCAAGAAGGUGCCACACCGUGACUUUUACAACGUCAGGAAAGUCGAUACUCACGUUCACCAUUCCGCGUGCAUGAACCAAAAGCAUCUGCUUCGCUUCAUCAAGAGCAAGAUGAAGAAGUUUCCGGACGAGAUCGUCCUGUUUCGGGACGGCAAGCACCUUACGCUGGCCGAGGUGUUUGAGAGCAUCAACCUCACGGCCUACGAUCUCAGCAUCGACACGCUGGACAUGCACGCCCACAAGGACUCGUUCCAUCGGUUCGACAAGUUCAACCUCAAGUACAACCCGAUCGGCGAGUCGCGGCUGCGGACCAUCUUCCUCAAGACGGACAACUUCAUCAAGGGUCGGUAUCUGGCCGAGAUUACAAAAGAGGUCAUCGCCGAUCUCGAGUCGAGCAAGUACCAGAUGGUCGAGUGGCGCAUCUCCAUCUACGGCAAGGCUCUUGACGAGUGGGACAAGCUCGCGGCCUGGGUUGUCGACAACAAGAUCUUCUCUCAUAACGUCCGCUGGCUGAUCCAGAUCCCGCGUCUGUACGACGUCUACAAAGGGAGUGGCUUGAUGGACACGUUUGAGCAGAUCAUCAAGAACAUCUUCCAGCCGCUCUUUGAGGUCACCAAGGAUCCCAGUAGCCACCCCAAGCUCCACAUCUUCCUGCAGCGAGUGAUUGGCAUUGACAGCGUCGAUGACGAGAGCAAGGUUGAGCGCAGGUUGUUCAAGAAGUUCCCGGUGCCGAGGGUCUGGGAUUCGAAGCAGAACCCGCCAUACACCUACUGGAUCUAUUACCUAUAUGCCAACUUGGUGUCUCUGAACCACUUCCGCAAACAGCGGGGUUUCAACACGUUUGUGCUCCGCCCGCACUGCGGCGAGGCCGGGGACAGCGAGCACUUGGCCGUGGCGGCGCUGUGCUGCCACAGCAUCAGCCACGGCCUGCUCCUGCGCAAGGUGCCGCUGCUGCAGUACGUUUUCUACCUCGAACAGAUCGGCAUCGCCAUGUCGCCCCUGAGCAACAACGCGCUGUUCCUGGCGUAUGAGCGAAACCCGUUCAUCCAGUACUUCAAGCGCGGGCUGAACGUGUCGCUGUCGACGGACGACCCGCUGCAGUUCGCCUUCACCAAGGAGCCGUUGAUUGAGGAGUAUGCAGUCGCCGCUCAGAUCUACAAGCUGAGCUCUGUCGAUAUGUGCGAGCUGGCCAAGAAUUCGGUCAAGCAGAGCGGUUACGAGUUCUCGAUCAAGCAGCAGUGGCUAGGUCCAAACUUCCACCUGCCCGGCCGCAGCGGCAACACCCAGGUCAAGACGAAUGUCCCGGAUAGGAGGGAAGAGUUCCGGUACCAGACGCUCAUGGAGGAGCGUAGAUUACUCGAGAGAUACACGUCCGCUCCUGGCGGAACGCCCUCCGUCGCCGGCGACCCCAUUACUAGCACGGGCCUGCCUCCCCGCUCACCCGCUCCCACCACUCAAGCCCACGCCACCGCCUCCACGGCCGGGCCUAUCUCAGAUCCGCGCCAGCAGCAACAGACGGCCCCUUUGACAACGAGGAAUGCCCUCGAGGGCCAAGCCGGCGGCAUCGGCAGCCCCGCGCUCACGGGGAUACCCAUGUCGCUUAGCCAGACGCAGCUCUCGGCGGCGGGUAGCCCCUUAACGCUGGCCCCAUCGUCGGGCCUAGGGACGCCUGCCGCUGGCGUCGCUGCUGUUGCUGACCCGACACUGCAUUCCCUAUCGGGCCACGAGCCCAGGUACUUUCCGGGAAUGGUUUCGCGGAGCCAGAAGAAGGGGAGCACGAGGCGGGAGUCGGGACAUGAAAGUGAUGUGGUACGAGGCGACGGGGAGAAAGGAGCUAAUGGGGGAAGGGACUAGGGGGAAAAGAGGGGCGGGAAGAGGUUGGAGGGACAGAUCUUUUUACUUCUCACCUGAGUUGUGAACCUUCCCUUAUUGAUCGUGCAACG